AUGAUCUCAACAUCGAUUGAAUAUUUAUAUAUUCCAAAUUUCUAUUGUCGCAUGUUUAAAUUGGCAAAUCUACUUCAACAAACACCUCGUCUUCAACGUCUUUUUACGUCGUUUGAAUCCUUGGGGACUGAAGAACGACUACCAUCAACUGUUGAAUCAAUAACUAUGUUGAAGUUCUUAAGAGUCGACUCGAAAAAUCCGCUGACACAUGUCUUACAAAAUACACCAAAUUUAACUUGUUUGAUAAUUGAAACAUCAGGUACUUAUAUUGAUGGACAUCACUGGGAAGAUGUAAUUGUUAAUAAUUUACGCAUGCUCAAAGUAUUUCGACUUUUCAUGUUAUUUCAAUUUUAUAACGAUGAAAAUAAGGACGAAAAAGCCAAUGAAGUACUUAAUUCAUUUCGAAGUUCAUUUUGGCUUGAUGAACGCAAAUGGUUUGUACGAUGUCAUUGGGAUUCAAGUGAAAUUACCAAUAAUGUUUCUCUUUACACAUUACCUUAUCCAUCUAUCAAAUUUGAUGUUAGUAUCGGUAAAUUUUCAAAAUCAACUUGUCCCGAAGAUUGUAAUCGUUAUUUCUAUGAGCGUGUAUACAAUUUACACUAUAAUUUACUGAUAGAUCAACCUUCGACCUUAUCUAAUAUUUCUUUUCUGAAUAUUCGUCAGCUAUCCCUUACGCUUCCGUUCGAUGAUCAAUUUUCAUCUAUUGUUCCGAAUUUCGAUAAUUUGAUUACACUUGCUGUUACACUGACUGAUGAUGAAAAUUAUGAUCUUGUUCAAUCUCAAUUGCAAGCUUUACUUGACAAAGCACCUCAUCUAUAUUCGUUACGCUUUGCAUCGUGGACAACUUCGCAAAUGCCACCAUUUAAACUAGUGAGUUCAUCGAUUCGUCAACUUGAUUUACUUGGAUUAGGUCGAAAUCGUACUUAUCGAUAUUUCGAUGAAGAACAAUGUAAUCGAUUAUGCCAAACACCAUUGAUCAUUCAAUGUGAGAUACUUCUUAUCAAACUAAAAACAGGCAAAAAUAUAAUUGAUCUCAUCACAAAAAUGUCAAAUCUUCGAGCAUUAACUGCUCAAUGGCAUGAUGAUAAAUGGAAUCACAGAAAUGAACUUGUCAAAUGGUUACAAAGUGUAUUACCAGCAUCAUGUGCAAUUGAAAAAGGUUCUCGUUUUGAUAGUGAAAUUCGAUUAUGGAUCAAAUAA